AGAACCACACAAACCGCCGCCAUAGAUUUUUCAACUAACCUGUUCUUAGGGAUUACUUUCUUCAUUCUCGAUUCGUUUAAAAAAGUAUCUUAGUCUGUUUCCAGUUGCAGUUGGUUCUACAAAAACAAUAAAUUCAGAAAGAUAUCGAUGUUUAAGUGAGAUAUGCCUCGUGGUGUGCUUAGACCUUUGUUUGUCACCUACUUAUACGUGUGGCCGUAGAAGUAGAAUCUACUAGUUCCUGCAAUAAUGCUGGGAAUGCUAGAUCUGGGGCAGCUAAGAUGUCGAGAUACCUCCUCAUGCCGUACAAUACUUGGAUGUAAUAUUUUUGAGUUUUUGCUGUUUUUUGUAGAACCACCUGUAACUGGAAACUGACAUUUUUCAGAUACUUACGUUAUUCUUGAUUCUGUGAAAAAAGUAUUGCCAAUAACAGGUUAGUUGAAAAAUCUAUGGCGGCGGUUUGUAUGGGGCCUUUCUCUAACGCCCAGUAAUGGACACCAACAUUCUUUGGUUAUAUCACAUUCUCUGGCAUACAAUCUGUAGCUAGGUCUAGACAGUCUGUUCUCAGUGACAUUGUUUCCCCUGGCCUUUUCUGUGGACUUGGGCUCCCGAGUGGCUCAGCGGUCUAAGGCACUGCAUCUCCGUGCCAGAGGCAUCACUACAGACCCUGGUUCGAUUCCAGGCUGUAUCACAACCGGCCGUGAUUGGGAGUCCCAUAGGGCGGCCGACAAUUGGCCCAGCGUCGUCUGGGGUAGGGUUUGGCCGGGGUAGGCAGUCACUGUAAAUAAGAAUUUGUUCUCAACUGACUUGCCUAGUUAAAUAAAAUAAAAUAAAUUAUAUUGGAGGUCGACAAAAGCUGUGCUUGAUUUCUGUCUCAGACCGCUAUGACGGUGCAACGUAAAACGACACAUUUCCUCAGCUUGUGAGAAAGCCUGUGAGUGGGUACAAAUUUGAGGCUUGAGUAGGGAUGUCGCUGUGCCAAUGUUAAAAUCUGCUACUGUAAAUGCACUACAAAGACAUGAAUAGGGAGCUCAUGUUUCAGGAAUUUUAUUAUAAUUUGACUUGAACAGGUUCAUUAAUUUACAAUAACUGGCUAUGAUAGGUCAGAAACACUCCGCAUAGUGGACAUCUCAUUUUAAGACAAGGACGGCAUCAUUGGUGGCUCUUAAUGGUCUGUUUGAAAGUGGCUUUUAUGAAACCUGUUUGUGUUUUGUUAUUUGUUCAUCAUAACCUGAGCAGAUUUAAUUGAAUAAGCUAGUGUGAAUACUUUUGGUGAUAUUCUUUACAUUUAUAUUUCAUGCUUAUUUAGAGAUUUAAUUUCUCUAAAUAUCCAAAUAGAUUGAAAAGACUGUGAAAAGGCUGUUUACACAGGCAGCCCAAUUAUUUAUUUCACUAAUUGGUCUUUUGACCAAUCAGAUCAGCUCUGUGAAAAUAUCUGAUGUGAUUGGUCAAAAAAAACUAAUGGCAAAAAUAUCAACAAUAGGCUGCCUGUGUGGAAGCAGUGAACUUUUUUAGAUUUUGUUAUCGAGAAUGAAACUGUCGUAGUAUUUGUUGUAUGUUGACUUUCAAUAGUUGAGGACUGCUUGGUUUUUAGCUUUUGUAUUUGUGAAACUGUGCUGAAAAGUCUGUUAGAUACUGCUAUUUGAUACACAUAGUAUGUGUAUAAUACUUGGCUGGAGUUCAGUAAUUUGAAAUGUAGAAAUCCCCCCCCAAAACAUUGCUAAUGAACAGCAAAAUACACUUUUAAAUUGACAAUUCUGUACAAUUAUUGCAUUACCUAAUGAAAAUAUUGGCUGCACUCCAUAUUAUGUAUUUGUCAGACUGGUAGUUUUGUAUGGUACUAAUGAUAAACUUUAAUAAAAUUGUUAAUUUUUAAGUUGUCAAAAUGCCUGACAUUUUUCCCCAAAUUAUUUUGACAAAAGCAAUCCCUUGCUCAGAAGCCAAUUGAGUGUAAAUGUUGGGAGAAUUGUGACAUCUACUGUCACAACAUGGUCAUACAAUCUAUGAUUUUCCUCACUUUAGCCUUGGCAAUUGUCUAUGUAGUUAAGACACGUUAUGUACUGCUAUUUCUCUAAUGUUGUGACUAGAUACAUUAUUAAUGAUCUAUUAAUGUUAAUUCAGUCAAUCAAGAAUGAUUCUACUCUGGUCUAAGUUUGAAGUUUGUUCUUAUUCCUGUUUUGCCUACCAAUUUGUCCCUGUAUAAGAAGUGUCUGAAACGAUGAUAUGGCUGUUGUGGGAUGUCCAAUGAGAGAGUUUGGUCACAAGAAUCCAUCUCAUCAUCACAGCUAAGGAUGAUUGUUGUAGUCAUUGGUGGAAGGAGCUCCAACCCACUCACUCUUCAAAUUGGUCACAGUGUUGUCUGAGGGAAAUGUUAAGGAAGGCUCUGGCUUCAGUACCUGUAAGCAACAUGAAGUUUGCAUCGGUGUUAGUCCUUCUUUUUUUCUGCUCUACUUUCAAGAAAUCCCAUGGAAAGUCAAAGCCCAAACCGGGCUGUGAAUACCCCCCAUCUCAGUGGUGUAGGAGUUUGGAAAUUGCAAUAGAAUGUGGGGUUCAGAAGCAGUGUCUGGAGCUCAAUGCCACUAGGCCCAAUUCAGCAGUACCCAGAGUUGAGGUGACCCUGUACUAUGAGAGCCUGUGUCCAGGCUGCAGGGUCUUCCUCACCCAGCAGCUCUUCCCUACCUGGGCCAUGCUCCAUGAUAUCAUGGAGGUAAAACUGGUGCCCUACGGCAAUGCGCAGGAGCUUCCCUCGGGGAAUUCUCCCUUCACCUGUGAACAUGGGGAACCAGAGUGUCAUAGCAACAUGAUUGAGGCAUGUAUUCUACAUUCAGUGGGUCUGUACUCUGCCUUCCCUGUCAUUGACUGCAUGGAAUCUGCUGCAAAUGUUCUCGCCGCCGCCCAACCUUGCUUACAGCUACACGUCCCCUCCAUGACAUGGGACAGUGUCACAACCUGUGUUAAGGGAGAGCUCGGCCUCAAACUUAUGCAUGAGAACGCCCUGAAGACCAAUGCUCUCAGUCCAGCCAAAACACACGUUCCCUGGGUGACCAUUAAUAAGGAAUACACAGGUGACUUUCAGGACAAAGCAAUGUCAUCACUUUUUAACUUGGUCUGCAAGAUGUAUAAGGGAGGAAAGCCCCCUGCCUGCACCGGAGCACAGAAGAAACUAGACAGGAGUCUGUGCUGAAACCAGCAGUCAUUCUGCAUGCCAUUCAUGUUUUCAAAGUACCAGUUUCUCUCAUUCUUUUGAAAGACAAUGCAAGUCCAACAUAAAUCAUAAGUCCCUCAUUUCUUUACUCUUGUUGCUGAAAUGUAUUGUAAUACUUGUUAUUCUGUGUGAUACUGUGUCAAAUAACUCCAUAUGUAUUGAUAAUUUAACCCAAUGCUAACAAGUUAUGGUUCCAUUUUGUAUGAACAGAUUUCUCUUUCAAGCCUAAGAGUGCAUAUAACUGUGGGGUCUGAAAUUAAACAUCCUUGAUAAAGA